AUGUUCUUGUUGCGCCAGUGCACAGAUGAUUCUGGCGGCGGUGGAGAUGUUUUACACAAAUCAUUUUCAAUUGCGUCGACCAAAACACCACAGAGCUUAUUUGGCUUGCGGGUGCUGCCAUGCGUUGAUAAAGUGGAACAACAAAAAGAAAUGCAACCGCCAACUCCACCACAGCAGCAACAACAACUACUACUACUACAAACCAAUAUAGCCAGGCAUUUGCAUGGCUAUAAUAGUAAUGGCAAUCACACAGCCGAUAACAGUGAGGGUACAAUUUUGUUUGCUAACCAUCACCAGCCGCAUCAACAGAAUCUGGUCACUUUACGUGCAAACUUACCGCAGUACCAUAGCAAUCAGCUUAAUCAGCAACAACAGAAACAAAAUUUGCUGUCCCAAGUGUCACUACAAUCACAACAAAAACAUCUUAUAGGGGAUCGUAGAAAAACGUAUUCAACGCCAAGUAUACGCAUUAAAGAGUCAACAUUGAGGAGAUCAAAUGAAACGAAAAAUCUCGAAAGCAAGAAGCGAGUAGUCAAAAUGCUUUUCGUUCUGGUACUUGAAUUCUUCAUCUGCUGGACACCGCUGUAUGUGAUCAAUACUGUGGCCAUGUUUAGUGGUCCGGCCAUUUACGAGUACAUCGACUACACAUCGAUCUGUUUUUUUCAAUUGCUCGCCUACUCUUCCAGCUGUUGUAACCCCAUCACCUAUUGCUUUAUGAACGCCAGCUUUCGACGCGCAUUUCUAGAUACCUUCAAAGGAUUGCAUUUAAGUGGCAACAGUGGUGGUGCUGGCGGUGCAAGCGUUGGCAUUUGGCAUAGUCGACAAAAGGGAACUGAUUGUGGUGUUGGUGGUGGCAGUAGAAGUGACGCGCAUUUGCCUGCACUAGUGACAAACGACUCGAUUGCGCUAGCCAAUAACGCAAUCAUUGCAUCCAACAAUACGUCAAUGCAUGGCUCCCAGCAUCCACAACGUAAUUGAAUGUGGCCGAGCACUGUGAGUGAAGAGACUCAAGCUACAAAGAGGAGAAUAAUGGAUGUGUAUAUGGAAUGUCAACAACUGAAAAUUUCGAAGCAAUUUGGUAGAACACUCCACAAAAAGGACAACAGCAAAAGUUGCGUACCUCUGCAUCGUA